AUGAUGAAGUCAUUGAGGGAUUAUUUGUUGACAUUAGAAGAGCGCAUAGUGUCUGCGAGUCUGGCGCUCGUCAGCCAACGGUCCAGAGAUGAGUGGAAACGUUUGGUCGACGGCGAAGAACGUGACCACAAAAGACCGUUUAAUCAUUUUGUAAAAGCUAUCCUCGAGUUAAGGAAAAGUGUGCGACCGAUGUGUCUGUCGGAGACGUUGAGCGACGAGAGCCCACUCUUCGCCAAUUGGUCGCAGAGUUUGACAGAAUGUACAAAUAUAUCGCAACUAUUGGUCCACAUUUCAGUACUUGAGUCAAGCAUAAAAUGGGGCAAAUCUGCUCUCCGGGCCUAUUGUAAGAUCUGUCGCCGCAAAUGCGACGCCGAGAAUAUGCUUCUGUGCGACCGAUGCAAUCGCGGACAUCACACCUAUUGUCUGCAGCCAUCGCUCGACUCCAUACCUGCCGGCGAGUGGUUGUGUCCCGACUGUUGUCCCAAAAUCAAACCCCAAACGCCAAAGAAGAAUAAAAACUAUUCGUUGAACAGCGAAGAUAGCGUUGUCUCUGACAACGAGUGCGAACCUACCGGUGAUGACGAUUCGGGUGACACUGAAUCCCAAGUGUCGGCUGAAUCAUCGCAAAAGUCCGAAGACCCGCAAGACGUGAUUUGCGCCGUCUGUGACCGAACCGAUGAUGACCUGCAGCUUCAGUGCGCCAAAUGUCACGAUUACUAUCACACGGAAUGCGCGAAAGUGAGACGAGUGACCAGAAAUUGGUUUUGUAACAACUGUUCCAUCAGUAAUGGCUCUGAAGUUUCUAAUAAACCCAAACAAUUGGCCAUUAAGUUGAAAGACAACGACGACGAAGAAUCUACCGGUGAAGAGUGUGGCCGUAAUCGACGGUCCAAUAGAGGCCGUCCGCCACUGCGAAAAGACUCGGAAGACACUGAAUCCCAAACAUCUUUAGAGUCAAUGUCGAGCAGUGAAAACUCUGAAGCGGUGGUGUGCGGUGUCUGCGACUGGACUGUCGAUGAGGAACAGCUCGAGUGCAGUAAAUGUCACGUAUGUUAUCACAAGGAGUGCGCGAAUGUUAAACGUAUCACAAGAAGCGAGUGGUUCUGCAGAAACUGUUCCGUCAGUGACGGUAAAGAUGCGGUUAAGAAACGGAAACAAAUAGCCAUUGAUUUGAAUGACAGCGACGACAACGAGUCAACCGGUGGUGACAGUAGUCCUAAACGGCCCAAAAGAGGUCGUCCGCGACGUGAGGACAGCGUAAAGGCGACGACCGCUCGAAAGGCGUUUAGUUUCUCGAAAGACGUUGAGUUCAUUCCGCCCGAAACCAGUGGUCGGCGUCGACUGUCCGCUCCCAAAGACACUCAACCGGAUCUUCCAUUAGAUUGGCGUUUAUGUGAGUCUAUUCUGAAGAAACUGCAGAGACAUUCAGACGGUUGGAUAUUCCGGAGUCCAACCAAUUCGACGGAAACGCGAUAUAAUAAAGUGGUCAAACAUUACAUAGAUUUGGGACGUAUUGUAACGAAUCUAAAUGAACGCAAGUAUUCAUCGAAUAUAGAGUUCUUUCGAGAUGUCUUAUUGAUGAUAAAUAACGCCGUUUUCUAUAAUAAUUGCGAUUCACCGGAGUAUAAGGCGUGCCAAUCGUUGGCCAUAUUCUUCGAGCAAUUAGUGGGCGAGUGUGGCAUUGAUUUGCGACGACUGUCCGUUCGGUCCAAACGCUGCUGAUGUCCUGAUGGGCUCUACCGGUAAACCGACGGCUAUUAUAAUUAUUUAAAUCUACUGUAACUAACUUUUAAGCGCAUGUUUUUUAGUGAAUAAAUAACUGUAAUUUGGGAUCUUUUAACUGUUUUUAGGCAAAUAGUAAUAAAUCAUUUGUUUUAGUUUAACGUUAA